UGUGUGCGGUGGAUGACCGGAGUUCAGUGUGUGUGUGUGUUGUGUUUGAGAGUGUGUGUGUGUGCGUGAGAGUGACCGUGGUCAGAAAGUUUGUUCUGGACUUACAGGAGCGCUGAAGGACGCAGAGCUGGAUUACUGAGCCGGGACGGAACACACCACAGAGCCGCGGUUCUCACCCUGGAUUAUAUGUGCGCGUUUACCCGAGUGAAACCCGGUGCAUGUGGAGAGCGGAGCUCGGCGGGGCGCGUGUGAGUGAGAGCCGGGGUUCGGCUGCACUGUGAGCGGGGGAGCAGAGAGAGGAGACGCGGCACCAUGCGGACUCACGGUCCAGGUCUGACCGCCGCAUGCCUUCAGCUCCUGGUGCACUGCGUUUACAUCCAGCUUUGCGCAGCAUCAGGACACUUCGAGCUGCGGGUGGUGCCCACGCGGAACGCCAACGGCGAGCCGCAGGCCGCCCCCUGCUGCGGCGGGACGCGGAGCCCGUCCGAGAGCGACAGAUGCGCCAGGAGCGAAUGCCAUACCUAUUUCCGCAUCUGUCUCAAGGAGUACCAGUCGAGGGUGACCCCCGGCGGGUCGUGCAGCUUCGGCAGCGGGACCACGCCGGUUAUCGCUGGGAAUACGGCGGCGUCGAAAAGCCUGGCGGAAAACGACAAGGCUCACGUCGUGCUGCCCUUCAGCUUCGCCUGGCCGAGGUCGUACACUCUGGUCGUGGAGGCCUUGGACUUCAACAACGACUCGAGCGGCGGCGGCGGCAGUGGUCAGGUGAUCGAGAAGACCGUGCAGUCGGGCAUGAUCAACCCGGGUCCACAGUGGCAGACGCUGAAGCGCAGCGGCGCCGUGGUCCAGUACGACUUCCAGGUCCGCGUCACCUGCGACGAGCACUACUACGGCUUCGGCUGCAACAAGUUCUGCCGGCCCAGGGACGACUUCUUCGGCCACUACAACUGCGACCACAACGGGAACAAGACCUGCCUGGAGGGCUGGGCGAGCCCCGAGUGCGGCAAGGCGAUCUGCCGGCAGGGCUGCAGUCCCAAUCACGGAUCCUGCAAGAGUCCCGGAGAGUGCAGAUGCUUGUACGGGUGGCAGGGCGAGUUUUGUGAUAAGUGCACCCCUCACCCCGGCUGCGUACACGGGACCUGCGUGGAACCCUGGCAGUGCCUGUGCGAUACCAACUGGGGAGGACAGCUCUGCCAUCAAGAUCUGAACACCUGUGGCACGCAGCAGCCGUGUCUGAAUGGAGGAACCUGCAGUAACACAGGACCCGACAAGUACCACUGUUCAUGUCCCGAUGGUUACUCCGGCCAGAACUGUGAACGAGCGGAUAACGCCUGUCUGUCUGAUCCCUGCUUCAACGGUGGCCGCUGUGUGGAGAGCAGUCAGGGGUUCGAGUGCCGCUGCGCUCCGGGCUGGACCGGCCCGUCCUGCACUAUCAACGUGGACGAGUGCAGUCCGAAGCCCUGUAGCCACGGCGGUACGUGUGUGGAUCUGGUGAACGGCUUCAGGUGCGUCUGUCCGGCACAGUGGACCGGCAAGACCUGCCUCAUCGACGCGGACGAGUGCGCGGAGAAGCCGUGUGUGAACGCUCACCUGUGCCGGAACCUGAUUGGUGGAUAUUUCUGCGAGUGCCUCCCUGGAUGGACGGGACAGAACUGCGAUAUCGAUGUGGACGACUGUGAGGAACAGUGCCAAAACGGCGGAUCCUGUAAGGACCUGGUGAACGGGUACAAGUGCUGGUGCCCGCCGGGCUUCUCGGGCGAGCACUGCGAGAACGACGUGGACGAGUGCGCCAGCCAGCCCUGCCUGAACCGGGGCCAGUGCCGCGACGACGUCAACGGCUUCCAGUGCCUGUGCCCGCCCGGUUUCUCUGGAACCUUCUGCCAGCUGGACAUCGACUACUGUAAGGGGAACCCGUGUCAGAAAGGCGGUCAGUGCUUCAACCUGGAGACGGAUUAUUUCUGCCAGUGCCCGGAGGAUUACGAGGGGAAGAACUGCUCCCAUCUGAAGGACCACUGCCGCAACACACCGUGCCAAGUCAUCGACAGCUGCACGGUGGCCGUGGUGUCCAACAGCACGCCGGGCAAAGUGCGCAACAUCUCCUCCAACGUGUGCGGCCCUCACGGGCGCUGCCGCAGCCUCGCCGGGGGUCACUUCAGCUGCGACUGUCAGGACGGAUUCACCGGGACCUACUGCCACGAGAAUAUAAACGACUGCGAGAGCGGCCCGUGCAGGAACGGAGGGACGUGCAUCGAUAAGGUGAACGCGUACCAGUGCAUCUGCGCCGACGGCUGGGAGGGAGCCGACUGCCAGACUAAUAUCGACGACUGCAGCGCGAACCCGUGUAACGGCCGCGGAUCGUGCCGCGACCUCAUCAACGACUUCUACUGCGAGUGCAAAAACGGCUGGAAGGGCAAGACCUGCCACUCACGUGAGAGCCAGUGCGACGGGUCGACGUGUAAGAAUGGCGGUACGUGCUACGACGAGGGCGACGCGUUCAAGUGCACGUGUGCACCGGGGUGGGAGGGAACCAGCUGUAACAUCGCUCAGAACAGCAGCUGUCUUCCCAACCCCUGUGAGAACGGAGCCACCUGCGUGGUCAGCGGUGCCGGAUUCACCUGCGUCUGCAAGGAAGGCUGGGAGGGACCCACCUGCAGCCAGAACUCGAAUGACUGCAACCCACACCCAUGCUACAACAGCGGGACCUGCGUGGACGGCGACAACUGGUACCGCUGCGAGUGCGCCGCUGGCUUCGCCGGACCCGACUGUCGCAUCAACAUAAACGAGUGCCAGUCCUCGCCGUGCGCGUUCGGCGCCACCUGCCAGGACGAGAUCGACGGCUACCGCUGCCUGUGCCCGCCUGGCAGAACCGGACCCCGGUGCCAAGAAGUGUCCGGACGGCCCUGCAAGGUCGGCAGCCGCCCGGUCGCAGACGGAGCCCAGUGGGACGAGGACUGUAACACCUGCCACUGUCACAACGGACGAGUCGCCUGCACGAAGUUGUGGUGCGGGCUGAGGUCGUGCCGCCUGCUGGGAGCCGGGCGAGGUGGCGGCGGCGGUGGCGACUGUCCGGCGGGUCAGUCGUGCGUCCCUCUGCGCGAGGAUCGCUGCUUCGUCCAUCCGUGCCCGGCGCAGGGCGAGUGCUGGUCGAGUUCGAGAGUGCACGCUCGGUCCCGGUGCCACCCCGACAGCGACUGUGCCAACUUCACCCUCACGUUCACCAAGGACCUGAUGCCACAGGGCGUGACGGUGGAGCAGGUGUGCCGGGAGCUGAGGAACGUGGUGAAGAACCUCUCGUCCGAAUCCUCCAUCUACAUCAACUGUGAAGCGUCCAGCACGUCCAGCAGUGAGAUCCACGUCACCAUCCAGGUUUCGGAUGAGGGCGAUAGCAGCCAGGCGCCGGUUAAAGAGAUCACGGACCGGAUUAUGGAGCUGGUGAGCAAACGCACCGCUAACGGUACCAUCCUCACCGCCAUCGCCGAGGUCUGGGUCCAGCCCAAACCGUCCAGCAGCACCAACGACUACUUGAUGCCAGUGCUGGUUUCCGUGGCGACGCUGAUCUGGACUCUGGCGCUCAUACUGGCGGCGGUCUGGUGCAUCAGGCGGCGGCGCAAGCGGAACUCGAGCGCCACGGCCAACGGCUACGUCUCCGCCCCGUCAACCGCGGCGACGGCCGAGGACAACAACGCGGCCAACAACGCGCGGGAGAACCUGAACCAGAUCAAGAACCGACUGGAGAAGAACGCCGUGAGCGCCAAAAUCAGCCCGGGCGAGGACGACCCGGACGCGGAGAAGCGGCUCCUGAAAGGGUGGCGGCCGGCGUACGCGCCGGUGGAGCGGGACGAGCGGACGGGGUUGGACGCCGCGUCGGGGAAGUGCGCGCACUGGACUAGCAAACGCGACAACCGCGAGCUGGAGUCCAAGAACAGCUUACACAGAAUGGAGUAUAUCGUAUAGCGGCGGUGGGGACGUGGUUGGAACGGUUGCCGUGACGACGAUCACGGGCAAGACCAAAGGUGAAGGAAGGACACACGGACCGACGGACGCGUUCCCGCCGAAAUCUUCCGCCUUGGAGAGAGAGACUCGUCGCUGGUCUUGGGAACGGAUCAGGACUGUUAAGGACGACGAGGAAAGUCCCCGCACAGAAACUGACGCCGGACGCCCGCCGGACAAUCGGACAAUUGAGGGGUCACCGAGGUCGUUGUGGGUCGGCCGGCUUUGAAAUAAUGUAGCUAGUGACGAAAUACGAACGAACGAUUCCCGAAUCGAUUCGAAUCACUUCCCCGGUGCGCCUUGGAUUUGCACUCGGUUUUAUUUCCCCCCUCCGGGAUCAUUUCUUACGACGUGAUGUCGGUAUUGUGACGUCACAACAUGCCUUUCUGAGAGUAUGAUGAUGCCUGGGUUGUCAUGGAAACUAAAAUGGAAUUACAGAUUCACCACGGUACCCGGAUGGAUGUUUUUGUCCAUGUUUUAUUAUCAACUAUUGUUAUUUUUAUUCCUUUUUUCAGUUCUGUUCUUCAAAUAAUUUAUUUUUAAACACGUUUAAUUAUUAGAUCAUUAAAAAGAGUCGUUUUUUAUACGUGGUUCUAGUUUUUCUGGCGCUUUGUAGCAAAACAAAAACAUUUAGGACGCAAAAUUCGAGCGAGUCGUGAAUCGAUAGCGAAAUCGAAUCGAAUCAGCGAUUCUGAUUCAAAUACUAAACGAACGCACUGAAUCUGUCGUUCUUGUUUGUUUUUUCUUAAAUGCAAUUCAGCGAUAUAUAUCGAUACGACACGAUGCGAUGAUAUAUCGUCUUACGAUAGGAAAGCGCGUCCUCGUAACGUUUGUACCGGUAGCGGCGUGUUGUCGAUUCACCAGAAUGAACCGAGCGCCGCAACCUGACACAUCAAAGCCUGCGAAUUGAACAGCGGCACCACGUUGUCUAAUAGCACCGAAAAAAGCAACGUUUUCUUACAGUAAGUCAUAAAUAUAUAUUAUUAUAUUAUAUAUAAUAUUAUAUAAGAUUUUUAAGCGGCUGACAUUUCUGGACGCAAGUAUUAAGUCAUGAAUCGACACCACAAGUGACUCUAAAUGAUUCCGAUCACGCUUCCCGAAUUAUUAAAAGCUUUUUUCCUUUGUUUGUUUUGUGUUCGUAGAACAUUCAUUCGAUUCACAACAUUCAAACGUAUCAAGCAAAUCACGAAUCAAAUAAAACGACUCUUAUCAUUUGAUUCACGAACAAAUCAAUCGACUCCUAUCCUUUGAUUCGCAAUGUUCAAACAUGUCAAGCAAAUCACGAAUCAAAUCAAACGACUCCCAUCACUCACAAAUCAAAUCAAACGACUCCUAUCGUUCGAUUUGCAACGUUCAAACGUGUCGAGCAAAUCACGAAUCAAAUCAAACGACUCCUAUCGUUCGAUUUGCAACGUUCAAACGUGUCGAGCGAAUCACAAAUCAAAUCAAACAACUCCUGUAAUUCGAUUCACUGACGAUGAUGAUACUCUCAGAAAGACGAAUUGCGUCGUGAAUCAUCAUACUAACAACACGAACGUUCCAUACGACGUGCCCCGACCGCCACGACAACCAAACGCUUUUUAUUUUCCUUUUGUUUGUUUUGAAUGAUUAUUUAUUGUAUUUUUUUAUUGUGUCAUGCGGUUUGGUUUGCAGGCGGCGGGUCAGAACUUCUGGCGAUAUGAAGAAUUUAAAGUCGACCUCUGUUAGACGUCGCUGUGGUGUAGAUUUAUCUGUACAUAUUUUAUUUUUGAAUUAAUCGUUGUGUAUAUUUGAUUUAUUAACUUAAUAUUCCAGAGCCUAUCAUUCCUUUUUUAGUUUGUGUUGUUUUUAUUUAUGUGCUUCGGUUAGAUUCGAAGAUUCGACAGCUUUGUAAGCUUUGUUUUUUACAUUUUGGACGGAAAACAUUUCGUUUCAAUGCCACAAGUGUUGCUGAGAUUUAUUUUGUUUGUAGUUUCUGACUGUAUGAUCGGUGCGUUUCGCGCCCGAGACGAACGUAAUGCGCUGUACAAAGUUUCCUUUUUUAUUUUGUUUACCGUUACGGAAAUAGUCGAACAAAACGCGUCUUCCUAACAAGACAAAACAAAGCGAACGUUUGUUUUCUGUCACACAUCGUUCUAGAAUGUUUUAUCCUGGUUUUAUACCCGACACACCAGUAUUCAACCCGUCUCUAUCCCACCCCUCUUU